UGACCAGGGGGAGAGAGGGAGAGGUGUCUGUGACCCAGGGGGAGAGAGGUAGAGGUGUUUUAAAUCCUCUUUAGCUGUUCCAUUUGCUCUGGAGUGUCUGUAGCCAGACGGAGAGAGGGAGAGGUGUCUGUGACCAGGGAGAGAGAGAGUGUCUGUGACCCGGGGGGAGAGAGGGAGAGGUGUCCGUAACCACAGGGACUGUGACAGGAGCUUGUGUGUGGUCUGAGGAGUCAGCACCGGUCUGAGAGGGGCUGGUCUGUAGAGAGGAGACUCCUUCCUCUGGCUCUGCUCUCUAUUAUAGAGGAUUACCCAAUACAGAAACAUCUCUCUGUUACAGGGGAUUACCCUGAGAGAAACGGCUCUCUGUUAUACAACUUCUGUCCAGAGACUGAAAAUUGACCGUACAGAGACAGAAGGAGAACUUUGAACACAAAAGAGACUGAGAUACAGCAUUGAACCAGAGGAUGCAGAGGAUGCUUGCUGCCGGUGUUGGAAUGAUGCUGGUGUUGGUGAGGUUGAACUUGGGAAUGCCAAACAAGGUUCAAGAUGAUCCCAGCUCUCUCAGGGUGAUCAACCAGGAGAAGUGGGAGAGGGAUGUGCGUUCGGCCUCCAGUCUGGACGAGCUGCUCAUGCUGACAGAUUUCCCUGACUGGAAGCUGUGGAAGUGUCGACUAAAACUCAAACACCUGGAGACGUCUCCCUCAUCCUCUUCCUCUCAGCAGCCCAACCACCGUUCCUCCUCCUCCUCCGCUGGGUCACACCGCUCCACGCGCUACGCUGCAGCAUCCUACAGCCUGGAGAUACUCAAAGCCAUAGAUGAUGAGUGGCAGAAGACCCAGUGCACGCCCAGAGAGACGUGUGUAGACGUGGCAAAGGAACUGGGCACCACGACCUCCAUGUUCUUCAAGCCCCCCUGCGUGUCCGUCUUCAGGUGCAACGGAUGCUGCAACAAAGAGGGUGUAUCGUGCAGAAACACAAGUACUGCCUAUGUUAAUAAAACACUGCUGAGUGUGAUACCGUUCAAAUACGGACCUGAGCCGGUGCUGAUAAAGGUAGCCAAUCACACAGAGUGUAAGUGUAUGGAACCACCCCUGAUCCGACGGCAAGCCCAUAUACGCUCUCACAGGAGGAACGGGUGCUCUCCGAUGCGUCAGCUCUCUAAAUCAGAGGACUCCAGGCGUCUGUGUGCCAGUGGGUUGAUCUGGGACUGCAUGGCCGACCGUUGUGUGUCCUACCCCUCCACUGAACAACCAGACUUCCCUCCCAAUAUGAGAACGGUGGACUGUGACAUAGAUGUUGACAGGUGUGACUGUCCCAGACCACACUACACUGUCCCCACAGCCCACCUUAACCCAGGACCCAGACCAUCCUACCCUGCAUGUCACCUGAACCAUACUGCCUGUGCUAACAACAAACAGCACUUCAACCACGCCUCUUGCAGAUGCCAGUGAUACUAAGAAGAAUAUAACCUUUGACAUCUGCUUGGCUUUGAAGUUUGGAAGCAGUGAAAAAGUUCAUAAUUUAAUUUAUAUCGCUAUUUAUAUAUCUAACUUCAAAUAAAAUAGUUUAUCUUUCUAACCUACAUACAUGACGUUUUACAUGUUUUAUUUACAUAUGUAAAUUAUUAGUAUUUAUAUGCACUGAACAUGUAUUUUACGCUAAAGAACAAUAUUUUUGUAAUAAUUGCUUCCAACAUUUUGUAAAUAUAAUCGAAGUUUGUCCUUUUGGUGUCUAUCCUUCAUAUUUAUAAUUAAAGUUUUAACCGUUUUGUUCAAAGUUCUCUC